UCCAAGAACCAGGAAAUAUUGGAGAAGAUAUCCCGUAUAAGAACUUUACACCCACCCACUUUUACACACUGAUUUUCUGGGACGUUUUGUGAGACGUCGCUGAUAAAGAAAGUAUAACCAACACUGAGCUGUUUCUGGAAAGGAUAUUUAUAAUUAUGUCUUUGUUGGACCUUGCUUUGGUAAUGGACUGCACGGGCAGUAUGGGUUCGUAUAUUGAUUCUGCAAGAGAGAACAUCAGGCAUAUAAUUGAUCAAAUAUCCUCUGCGGGUGGGAGAAGUGUCCACUUUGCUUUAGUUGAGUACAGAGACCAUCCACCACAAGACAAAUCCUUCAUCACCAAGCCGCAUAACUUCACCUCCCAGAUCGCAAAUAUGAAAUCGUGGUUACGUGACUGCUCAGCCGACGGUGGUGGUGGUGAUGAACCAGAGGCCGUGGCUGACGGACUGCAAGCGCUGUUGACUUUCUCCUGGAGAAGUAGUGCGACUAAAAUAGCCGUGCUGAUUGCUGAUGCACCACCACAUGGACUUGGAACUGAUGGGGACGGAUUCCCAUUGGGCUGUCCUCUCGGGCACAACCCCUUUAAAGUCACAAAUAAACUCGCAUCUCAAGAAAUCACUCUUUAUGUCGCUGGCUGCGAACCAAGCAUAUCACCCUACAAGGAUUUUUUCACUGGAUUGGCUUACAUUACUGGGGGUCAGUAUGUUCCUCUUGCGUCUGCUAACAACCUCGCCAAGAUCAUUGUUUGUGGUGCUGAAGAGGAGAUGUCACUGGAACAUCUGAUGAAGACAGAGGUUGGUGCAGCCAUGAAACAGUUACAGGAUGCAGGUGUUGAAAUCGACGAAGACCUAAUGGAGUUACACCUCUCUGCAGAAAUGGCCAGGAAAGGUAUUACAACAAAGAAGUUGAGAGAAACGAUGCCAAUGGCCGAGUACAGGAGAACGGAUCUCACAUAUGCUCGCCCUGCUUCCGUGGCCAGUGCUGCUGUAGGUGACGUGUUUGACGUGGAGGAGAGUGAGGUAGAUUACGCCCAAGUCCAGAGAAUGGUACAGAAGUCCAAGAUGAGGAACAAAGCACUGUUUGAAGAUUGA